AUGUCGACCGACGACACCCUGCCUUGGACAACUUCGCGAUGCAAUCGCCUCCUGCGACCGCUUUCCUCGAAACUCGCAAAACUGCGCAAAGAGCUCCAACGCCCGCGCACGACAGCUGCCGAGUCUCGAAGCGUCUCCUCUGCCUUUGCAACCAAAGGCUCUCCCCAAAAGACCACCAACUUCACGCGACCGGCCCACAAGCCACGGGGUUUCGAAAAGGCUACAGAUCCAGACUGGAGACCAGGCGUCAAGUCAGGCGCGGGCAAGAAGACCACAUAUGGCUCGCGAGGUAGAGGCAGACCAGCACUCCGCAAGGGCAGUGCAGAUGCCGGCAAUGCCAAUGGCAACGCCUUUCGGCCUGGCGAGAUCGCCUUUACACCCUUGAUCGCGAGAAUGGGUGGGCAGUUGAACAGCAGCCCGCAAACACCGAUUUCGCCCCUGCGAAGACACACCAAGAUCCGAGGCCCACUUUUAGCCAGCAUGGCCCCUCCUGCAAAGGAUGUCCCUGGGGAUGUUCACAAACUUGUCCAGGGCUCCUUGGAGGCUUACGCAAACCUGCUCCAGGCCACCACGACAAGCGGCGAUACGAGGCGGAAAGGUACAAGGUCUCUCAUGGGAGCUUGUUUGAGAAAACUCCCAGCCUACAUCGAACUCGAGGAACACUUUGCAGAGCUGGACAAGCUCGAGGAGGAAGCUGAAGACGAGGGCCGCGAUAUUGCGAAUGAGAUAUACGAGCAGCUGGAAAUGCACUUUGAACAAGCGCAAGGACAUGGCUGGCGACCCUUCCGCCAGGUCGUUCGGACGCACGCCACGGCAUUGGUUUGCGAUGCCAUUGGUGAUGAGAUACUUGGCCUAAAAGAUGCAUUGAUCCUCGUCACGCACUGCUUAAACGCCUAUGCAUGGGACGAGGCGGAGCAACUGCUACUUGCUUAUGCACCCCUCUUGGACGCUACCAAUAUGCCCAUCAACACACGAGCAGACUUGUUCGACUCUCAGAGGUCGCCUUUCUUGCACGCAGUCAAGGAUUUCGUCCACCGCACGGGGCGCCAUCGUCUACUUUACGAUCUUCUAGAGCACAUGGUCGCUCUUGAGCUGCUGCCCCUUGAAUGGGUUGCGACUGACUCGAUGCGCCCUGUCUGGGAUCGACUGGUUCGGAGCAUCUCGGAUAACGAUCCCCGCACUCUAGCAAGCGCCUGUCGGUUCUUCGAGACGGUUACCCUCGCAAGCAUGGGCCUACCGGAUCAUCGGUUGCUGGAAGACGAGGUCACUGGGUCUGUUUCCAGGCACUUUGCAUUGUCGGUACGAGUGGAGCUCCGACAGGCGCUGGAUACAACCUUUUCCAGUCUCCUUACCGUGCUGUGCAGUAUAGCCUUGGUCAACAGCUCCCGCGAUGAUUUGGCUGCCCAGACGGCCGCACAGCGAGUCGCUCGAGUUUUGGAUGCUGUUGUCGUUGCCAUUGCUACUCGCCAGAACAUCCCGGAUGAGCUCAGUCUUCUCGACCUAGACACCGAUGACGCUCAGAUAAUGGCCCAGCGCGGCAUUUGGUUAAGCUUUGCAUCGUGUCUUUUGCAUUUCGAAGACUGCAUCGGUGAUCCGGCCAUGAUAUCUCUUACCACAUCUAGCUCUAUCGGCAUUAUCAAUUGGAUAGCCUCACAAUAUUCGUCCAAAGAUAUCAACUUUGCAUCAAUACUAGCCCCUCUACCAUCCCUGGUCUCGUCGAUUGCGCGCGGUACGGGUCGGAUAUGGAAAGAUGACGGAUUCGAUCAGUUGCAACGCUUUGUUACGGCAUUGAUGUCGACAUCUGGCUGCCGAUUACCGCAUAAGUUGUGGACACUGAAGAGACUGGCAUUGGAGUCUGCAAUGGAGUUUGCUCACGGCACAGGCGACGCCGAGCACAUGUCAUACGCACGCGACAUUGAGAAGAGGAUGCAAACGCAGGGCCGUCUAGUCAUCAUGCACUCACCCACCAAGGAUGACUCGCCGGCCAACCGCGGUGGCUUUAGGUGGGAAGAGGGCAUUGGCGAAUGGGUCACCUGCACGCCAUUUGUUCAGCAGAAUGUCAAACGUCAAGUCCACAACCCCGUCCGCACCCUGGAGCUGCUUCCUACGCCUGUACAGUCAGAAGAGGAGAAAGAGGAUGUGUCUGAAGGCGAAGGCGAUCUCCCUAGCAGCGCGCCCGAUAGCCCGGUGUGGGAUAGUACCACGUUCGAUGAUGAUGCAGUACCACAAUCGUCGCCAAUCAAGACACGGCGUAUUUUCACAUCGCUGGGAAAGCGGGCUCGCGCAUCGUCGCCAAAGGUCAUCAUACCUGUGAAGCGGGUGCACAUGACGCCUCCAGGCACGCCACCGUUCCUAGCUUAUGCUGACCUAUCCGAAGAGAAGGGAAAUGGUCUCAGGCGCUCUGCUCGAUCCCGCAAGCAGACUAUGACUCUGAGCUCGCGACCACGCACUCAGCGCACGAGGUCUUCACUAGAGGGCGGGCUGCGCGACGUGAAGAGACCAGUCUAUGCGGAGUCGGCGUUUGAACUUGAUUUUGAGAGUAGCAGCGAUGUGGAAUCGUCCAGUUGCACUGAAGACGAAUCGGAGGCUGAAUUCAUGCCAGUGAAGAAACCACGUUGCAUAGCGUCUUGCUCCACGUCUUACUCAAGGAGUCAUGGCUCCACACGCACUUCAAAUGUGAGCUCAACAUCAACGCUCGACGCCGGCGACGCCGACAUUUCAGAUCGCGACGAACUCGGCAAAACACCUGGUCGGCCUCAGCUACGCAAGAAGCAAGUCCAUGUUCACCCCGCAGCAUCUCUCGAACGCCACAAGCAGCGGCGCAGAAGAAGCAACAGUGGUGUACGUGAUAGCGACGACGACAGUCAAGACGAACUGAGCUUUUACUAGCCGUACAAGCCAGAGUCUUGCUCGUCCGCUGAUACGUUUGUUAUUCGAUCAGAUGGCGUUUGCUCCAUGUAUUCAAGUAUUUGAGUAUUACGUCUGGUGUUGUUGUUGUUGUUAUUGUAAUGUUUGUUCCUUUUAUUGUUGGCUCUUGUUAGAUAC